GUGAGUGAGUGCGUACAACUUAGGUUUUCGGACCGUCUGUCGUCGGGCCCGCCGAAGACGCCGCCGCCGCCGCUGCUUCGGUUUACCGCAACACAGAAGGGAAAAUAAUUUCCCAUCGAUCGUUAUUCGUUUUCGACGUGCGAGACUUGUUCGGGGCUUCGGGUGCGUAAGACCAAAACGCUCAAUGACCUAGUUCAUCAACCUUGGCACAUCGACGGCGUUAUCUGUUUUCUUGUGUGUGUUUUCCUAAGCGCGCGCGCGCUCGUCCGGCCGUCCGCUCUCCCCCCGUCCAUUCCAAAACAAUAAUAAUAAUAAUAAUAAUAGUAAUAAUAAUAGUAAUAGUAAUAAUAAUAAUAAUAAUAAUAAAAAUAAUAAUAAUAAUAAUAAUAUUGUUUCGACUUCAUAAUAAUAUUGUUUUACAUCCGCGCACGGCCGAUAAGAACUCCGGGACAGCGAUACCCUUGUCUCCGGGGACAUCAUCCAAGCACCACUCAGCAGCCUGUCAUUGUCACCCCUGUCACCUGGCUACCGUAAUCUCCAUUGAUCGACCAUGGACGGCACCGAACGAGGAUUAAGAUUGGACAAUAAUCUGUCUCUGAGUUCAAUGGGUCCUCAGUCGCCCCUAGACCUCAAACCUGACACGGCAACUUUAAUGGUUAAUUUCAGUCCUCCGGGAGCUCCUCUAAGUCCUGCAGGAUUAUACAGCGUCGAUCGGAACAGUAUGAUGAAUAAUUCUUGCAACGUACAAGACUCUCCGAAUUACCCGCCCAACCAUCCACUCAGCGGUUCGAAACAUCUGUGCUCCAUAUGCGGCGAUCGCGCCAGUGGAAAACAUUACGGAGUCUACAGCUGCGAGGGGUGCAAAGGGUUCUUCAAACGCACAGUGAGGAAAAAUUUGUCAUACGCGUGUCGCGAAGAAAACAAAUGCAUCAUCGACAAGCGCCAACGAAAUCGGUGCCAAUACUGCAGGUAUCAAAAAUGUUUGACCAUGGGCAUGAAAAGAGAAGCUGUGCAGGAAGAAAGACAACGUACAAAAGAACGAGAUCAUAAUAACAUCGAAGUUGAACCCACGAGCAGUUCUAAUACUGAUAUGCCAGUGGAACUCAUAUUAAGGGCUGAGAAUAAAGCUGAUGCUAUAAAGACUGAACAACAGUAUAUAGAGCAACGACAUCCUCAACAUACUGUUGGUGCUAUUUGUCAAGCAACUGACAAGCAGUUAAUACAACUUGUUGAAUGGGCCAAGCAUAUACCGCAUUUUAAAAAUUUACCUCUAGGCGAUCAAGUUUUAUUAUUGAGAGCUGGUUGGAAUGAGUUGAUGAUUGCAGCAUUUUCCCAUAGAUCAAUCAGUGUAAAAGAUGGUAUAGUCUUAGCUACUGGACUUACUGUUGACAGAGAUUCAGCUCACCAAGCUGGUGUUGAAGCUAUAUUUGAUCGUGUACUCACUGAACUCGUUGCUAAAAUGAGAGAUAUGGGUAUGGAUAGAACAGAGCUUGGCUGUUUGCGUACUAUUAUUCUUUUUAAUCCAGGUUCAAAAGGUUUGCAGUCUGUGAAUGAAGUAGAAGUACUGCGUGAUAAGGUUUAUGUUGCGUUAGAAGAAUAUUGUCGUACAACACAUCCAGAAGAACCUGGACGAUUUGCUAAACUACUUCUUCGGCUUCCUUCAUUACGUUCAAUUGGAUUAAAAUGUCUGGAACAUUUAUUCUUUUAUAAACUUAUUGGCGAUUCCCCAAUUGAUACAUUUUUAAUGGAAGUUCUCGAAUCAUCUUCACAUGACGUUCAAGUAGCUACAUGAUUUCUAGAUAUUUUACUAGUUCAUAAUACCAUUACUUGAAUCUAAUGGUUAUACAUUUAUAUAAUAUUGAUUAGAUUAAAAAACAUAUACAAAAUUGUUUGUAGGUAUUUUUCUUCAGAUUUAUGAAUUUAUAUUUUACUUGGUUUUAGAUAAAUCACUUAACCAUUUUAGUAAUUUAUAACUCUUUUAAUGUUAUGAAUGAAUGAUUUAAGCUCGUGUUUGGAAAACAAUGAUUUAUUAUAAGAUAGUAAUUAUAUUUUAAACAUUUUAUUAUUGACUCAUUUUUUUUUGAUUAUUGAUUAAUUAUUUUAUUUUAAACAAGUUUAUUUCUAUUUAUUUUUUCUUAAAGUACUGUAAUUUCUUAACCGAUUUUAAACGCCUUAUAAACGGCAUAUUUUGUUAGUAGAUUUAUGUUUUUCCUGUGAUUUGUUAAAAAUUAUAAUGAGUUGUCUGCCACACAAAACAAUUGUUUCUAAAAACGACCACAAAUUAUUUUGUUAUUUACUCUUUGUUUUCAUGAGGCAUUAUAAUGUCAUCAUCACAUAUGAUUUAUUCCAAUUAAACAUGUUAUUAUCUGUAGUAUAUGUACUACCAAUGCAUUAUUCAUCAAAAAUGAAAUAGCGUUAAACAUUUAUUUCUUAUAUCUGGUCAAAAACCUUACAUUUUGUUUUAUUGCGGAACAAUAGACUUUGUUGACUAUCAAUAGUUAUUAAUUUCUGAUAUUAUUAUCUUGAAUAUCUUUAAAAAUAAUUGUCCAGACACGUAGCUUUGUCACAAUCAUGUUAUAUAUUCAUAAAUGUAUUUAUUUUUGUGACACAUUUCUUGAACAACAAUAACAUUUAUUAUUAAUUAUAACUUCAUAUUCAAUUAGGUUUGUAUGAAAACAUAAAAAUGGUUUUUAAAGCUGUAGCGUGUUUUUAACUCAACUUUCAGUAUUAUUUGAGUGUAAUCAGAUUUAACUUUAAAGUACUUAGAAUUUAAACUUCAUUAGUUUGUUGUUUUAUAUGAGAUUGAAGUACGUAGUUUUAUGUUUUGUAUUAAUUUCAGUGCUAUGUGUAUUUUGUUAUUGUAUACGU